UAACAAAGAAUCCUCUUGGGUCGGUUAAACUAAGGGCGGUUAUAAAUUCAUCCUGAAAGGAUUUGUUUUCUCUCGAUGUAAAGUAAGACGAUGAGAUCUACGGCUGAACUUUGAAGCACUGGUGGGGAAUUAAGGAACAUUUUGUAUUCUUUCUCCAGAGUUCCAAUCCAGGGCCCGCAUUCCAAGUGACGUCAUUGUCCAUCGGCCCGCCAUCUUUCUUGCAGGCAGAGGGGCGUUGAGUGCUCGGGGCUGGCGUUUGGUUCGCCUGGAAGAUGCCAGUCUCAUGCAGCGCACUGGAUUGUAAGAACCGCUUCAAGAAAGGAAGCGGCAUAACUUUUCACAGAUUUCCUAUUUCAAGACCUGACCUCAUGGCAAAAUGGUUAAAAGCUGUAGCACGAGAAAACUGGGUGCCAUCACCAAGAGCAACUCUCUGCAGUGAUCACUUCAUUAAAGAGUGCUUUGAAGAACGGAAUGAUAGAAGGCAUUUAAAAUUUUCUUCUGUACCAACCAUAUUUCCACCUCCUAAAAAUAAGACUACAGGCUCCAGAAAGUCAAAUAAAGUAAAGGCUUAUAGUGGACACCAUAAGGAAUCUUCAGACGUGGAGAUGUCGCUUUUGCCAUCGCAACCUGAUUUAGUUGAUGAAACAUUAAGUCAAGCAAUCAGGCCAAACUAAG